ACAAUCCAUCAAAAUCCACCUUCUUAAAAUUUUUUAAAAGUUUAUCAAAUUUUUGAAUACCAUCAUAUUUAGAAGGAUUUUUUAAAAUCUCAAUUGAAUACAUCCAGAUUUUAAAUGACUUUUUUAAAUCUGAAUUGAAUACCUACAGACUUUCAGAAUCCAAAAAAAUCCUUCAGAAUCCUGAUUGAAUACACCGCCCUUACUCUUUAAUUUAUUUGGUUAAAUUGUACGGAGUAUAAUAUAUUGACUAUAAAUGAUGGAAAAAGUAUAUAUACUAAUAAUAUAAAUUAAAUAAAAUAUGUUGAUUUCAAGAUAUAUUGUUGAUAUAUCAAAUUUUUCUAACAUUUAAUUAUUUAAAAUUAUUUUUAAUUUAUGAUUAAGGCAUUGUACCGUUUGACUUUUAUUUUUCUAGCAACGUGGGAGUAAUAUCGAAUAUGCCGAUGCGAAGUAACAUCAAAAGACCCCCACCUAACCUUCUUCCAUCAAUCCCUAAUAUUUCGCCAAUUCCUUUUAAAAUCUCCAAACAGUACACAGAAAUAUCCCAUGAUUUCCACAAGGGCAUUUCCUCUGGCUCUGACCUCCGAUUGUGGAAUUCCCCGUUCAUCCACAUCCAGAGCAUCAAAGAACUUGAACUUAUUGAAAGGUGGAAUUCAGCAUCCAACCAAGGGGGUUUCUUUUAGGUCUCUCAUUCCGUUGAACCGCAAAGAAUCCUUCUGUACUGAAUGGGAUGGUAGAACUAGACAUGCUUUGCUAUCAGGUCACGGCGAUUCUUCUCCAUCUCAUCUCAAUGGAUCAAUAGUUAGUGAUCUGGCCACUGGAACCGAGAUACAACCAAAUUUUGGAACACUUGUGCCAGAUUUCGUCCCUACACCAAGUGGCUUUCCAGCUCAUGUUGAUGAAUAUGAUUUGGACCGUCCCACAGAAGGGUUUUCAUCAAUCCCUGAUGCCAUUGAAGACAUUCGUCAGGGGAAGAUGGUACUUGUUGUGGAUGAUGAGAGCAGAGAAAAUGAAGGAGAUCUUAUAAUUGCUGCAUCUAAAGUUACACCAGAAGUAAUGGCCUUUAUUGUAAGACAUGGGACUGGAAUUGUGUGUGUGAGUAUGGUGGAGGAAGAUUUGGAGAGGUUACAGAUUCCCUUGAUGGUAAAUCACAAGGAUAAUGAGGAGAAACUUCGUACUGCAUUCACGGUUUCAGUGGAUGCAAAACAUGGAACAACUACCGGAGUGUCAGCUCAUGAUAGAGCAACAACAAUAUUGGCUCUUGCAUCAAAAGGUUCUGUGCCUCAGGAUUUCAACAGACCUGGUCAUAUAUUUCCCCUGAAGUACCAAAAAGGUGGGGUCCUAAAAAGAGCUGGGCAUACAGAAGCUGCUGUUGAUCUUGCAAUGCUAGCUGGGUUAGAACCGGUUGGCGUUCUGUGCGAGGUUGUGGAUGAUGAUGGUUCUAUGGCUAGGUUACCUAAGCUUCAACAAUUUGCACAGACUAAUGGAAUAAAAAUUAUAUCUAUUGCCGAUUUAAUCAGAUAUAGGAGAAAAAGGGACAAAUUAGUGGAACAUUCUUCUGCUGCAAAGAUACCAACCAUGUGGGGCCCAUUCACUGCCCACUGUUACAAAUCAAUCAUAGAUGGGAUUGAACACAUUGCAAUGGUCAAGGGUGAGAUCGGGAGCGGGCAAGAUAUUCUUGUUCGGGUGCACUCGGAGUGCCUCACUGGGGACAUAUUUGGUUCAGCUAGAUGCGAUUGUGGGAACCAGUUGGCACUUGCAAUGCAACAGAUUGAGGCAGCUGGAAGGGGGGUUUUGGUUUACCUCCGUGGUCACGAAGGAAGAGGAAUCGGGCUGGGCCACAAACUUCGGGCCUACAAUUUGCAGGAUGCAGGGCGUGACACGGUUGAAGCAAACGAAGAACUUGGUUUACCGGUUGAUUCAAGGGAAUAUGGAAUUGGUGCCCAGAUACUAAGGGAUCUCGGAGUAAGGACGAUGAAGCUGAUGACAAAUAACCCUGCAAAAUAUGUUGGGUUGAAGGGGUAUGGUUUGGCAGUUGUGGGAAGGGUACCCCUACUCAGUCCCGUCACAAUACACAACAAAAGAUACCUGGAAACAAAGCGCGCCAAAAUGGGACACAUCUAUGGUUUGAACUUCGAAGAAGAGCCCGUGACGAACCCGACCAUCACAGAAGGCAAAGCAGCGUCGUAGGGGGGGGGGGUACCCUACGGUGUGUUGGUUGGGACCCACUAAACUGAUUAUUUCUUAUUGUUGCUCAAUCUUUCGACGCGACGAUCCAUGCAGAAUGCACGAAGAAUCGGCAAACCUGUUUGGCUCAUAGCCGAAAGACAUCAACAUAACUGCCUUUUUUACACCCCUGAGUAGGUGUGGGCACACUUUAUAAGCACUCCGUAUGACUUUCAUGUAAAACCAAAUGGUUACCAUUAAGAAUAAUUGGUCAGUUAUUUUUAAGCGAAUGUUCACC